GAAAGAAAUCUGUUCUCGGUCCCCUGUGCCGAGCACCCAAGACAGCACGUUUCUGUUCUUCCUUGCAGACUGUGUCUGAAUCCCAAACUCUUCCACUUUAGCAUGAGUCCUUUAAAGACAACUCUGCUUCCCCUCCUUUUCUUUCUUGCCCGACAUCUCUGCUUCUCCUCCUUAAACCCCUGUUUUUCUGCAUUUUCUUCCAUGUAGAAUUUAUGAGUUUAUAGCCCUCUUUUUUUCAUGAUUUUCACUCUGUACUUCUUUCUUGUUUUUCCAAUUUUUAUGGGUUUAUGGGGUUAAAGGGUCACAUAAUCCAAUACCCACUUGUUUAAAUCCUCGCAUUUUGUGAAAACUUUGUGCAAAACCAGCACAAAAUUGAGGCUCUUAUGAUUUGUUGUCUGAAUUGAGCUACUAUAAAUAUAUACUUCUGAGUUUCAGCUUCUGGGUCUUUGAAAUGUCAUCUUUAGAGAUGUCCCGCAUCGAUUUGGAGCAAGGCAAUCAUCGUCGGAGCGACGUCAGUGCUGACGAAGCUAGUGUCUGCUUCUCUGACGCAGAGGAGGGUUCUUGUUACUCUCAGUUUUACUCUACAACCGGUGGCUCCUAUGAUGAUUAUAAUUUCGCUUGCGCUUCCGAUGGACGGCUUGGUGGCGAUUUGGAGUCAAGGCGGAUGUCAUCGGUAUCAGAUUGUUCGGUAGAGGUGGUGAUUGAGAGCGGCCAGCCGGAAACUAAGGUGCAUUUGACUAAAGUUGAGAGAGACUGCAGAAUUUGUCAUUUGGGUUUGGAGAGUAAUAGUCAUGAAUCCGGCGUACCCAUUGAAUUGGGUUGUUCCUGUAAGAAUGAUCUUGCUGCUGCCCAUAAACAGUGUGCUGAGGUAUGGUUCAAGAUCAGGGGAAACAAGACAUGUGAAAUUUGUCAUUCUGUUGCACGCAAUGUUGUUGGAGUAACUGAGAUUGAGGCAACUGAGCAGUCGAAUGAGACCACCAAUUCCACAGGGACAGCAGCAGCAGCAGUCUCCACAUCAGUUCCUCAUUCAGACUCUCGAAGCUUCUGGCAGGGCCAUCGCUUCCUCAACUUCCUUCUAGGUUGCAUGGUAUUUGCAUUCAUCAUAUCAUGGCUCUUUCACUUCAACAUGAGGCAACCAUAAAGCUCUCAAGCAAAGAUCAAAAGAAUGAAAAUCAAGAAUGAUCAACAGAAUUGCUCUAACUGAGCCAGCAGAAUUUGCUGUCAUGAUGAUGAGUAAAUGGGAUUGUAGAGAGCCUCACGAUAUGUUUAAUAUGGGUAUUUAUACGUGAUACGUGUAGAGAGCUUCUUAAUAGGUAUUUUUAUCUGCACAUUCCUCAUAGUAAUGAGAGCUGCAUCUUGCCUUUGCAGUUGAGGAUACAGAACUAAUUACUAUAUAUUUGGUUUCUGAGGGAGUGCUUGAAUGUUGGGCUGUUGGUCUUGAGUAUUGCUGUAGUUCCACAAACUUGAGUAUCAUUUUUAGGUUGUUUCUCUUUGGGUUGUGAGGAAAAUGGAUUGUAAAUGAUUUUGCUUGGCAAGAAAAUUCAACAAAAAUUUCCUGUGACCAUGGAGUCAGUAACAGGGUAGUCUUUCAACUCCUGCCGUGAGGGCAGGGGUGUCCCUUUUUUGGGCAACUUUGUUCACAACAAAAUUCUCUUAAUUUG